AUGGCUACUCAAGAGAUACCAGAAGCAUUGACUGCUCCCACGCAGACAUUCCAGAAUGCGCCACCCUUUCCAGAUGAUGUACCCACGGCACCACUUCUCCGUUUAUCGCUCGCGAAAUUGAUUGAACGCGAUGUGAACGAAGUCAAUCGCUUCGUACGGGCUUGUGAAGACCUCGGCUUCUUCUAUCUAGAUCUUUCCGGACCUGGAGAUUCUCUGCUUGCGGACGCAGAUCAGCUUUUCAAGACCGGCGAAGAAUUGUUCGACUUGCCGCUCGAGGAGAAAAAGAAAUACGAUUUUAUGCACAAGAACUCUUAUUUCGGUUAUAAAGGAUUCGGUGCGAAUGUGGUAGACAGGAAGGGCAACUUGGAUCGCAACGAGUUCUACAAUGUAUCAAAAGAUGACAUGUUUGGCAUUUCCGACCCUUGGCCGGCUCCUGAAGUCAUCAGUUCGAGGCGUCCUCUCAUGAAAUCGUUCAUCUCAUCAGCACACGGUAUUGUCACUCUUGUGCUCACCCUCCUGAACGAACAUCUCCGCCUACCUGAAAACACGUUACAAGAUAUGCACCGGCUCGAAGGCCACUCGGGCGAUCAAAUCCGCUUCGUCAAAGCACCUCCACAACCGAUGGAUGAUCGACGGACAGCUCUAGGCGAGCAUACAGACUUUGGCAGUGUUACUGUGCUUUUCAAUCGUCUGGGUGGGCUGCAGGUCCUUCCACCUGGCCGCGACGCGCAGUGGUGCUAUGUCAAGCCAUUGCCUAAUCACGCCAUCAUCAACCUGGGCGACGCGAUGGUGAAGUUUACCAACGGACUCUUGAGAUCCAACAUCCACCGUGUCGUAGCGCCACCAGGCCAGCAAGCAGAGUAUACAAGGUAUUCACUUGUCUACUUCAACAGGCCGGAGAAUGAGGUGAUGUUGAAGAGAUUGAACACGAGCGAGAUGAUUCCUCCUCUGGAACAUGACGAGGUCGAAGAGGAGAUCAACAGCAAAGACUGGAUCAUCAGACGUGCACUUGGACACAGGAUUGCCAUUCAUGGCGACCAAGCUUUUGAUUUCGACAGGAUCAAGGGCACUGAGGAGAAGAGUCAGAGGGCUUAUCUUUGA